CUAUUGUCGGGUUCGUAGCUAAUCCGCAUCCAACUUUUCCACGGAAUUAGAGUAACGGUUGUGGAAUAACCUCGUCCAACAACCGUCGCAGAGGACCUGCCCUGAAGAAAACCCUAGAAAAACAUCCAUCCAUUAGAGAGAGAGAGAGAGAUGACAGAGAAGGCGAAGCCAAGGCAGGCGAGGUGCCUGUACGAGAUCUUGGGCUUGCCAAGGGACUGCACGCAGGAGCAGAUCAGGUCCUCAUACAAGCGCCUCGCUCUCCAGCUCCACCCCGACAAGCUCAUCUCCUCCGGCACCGUCUCCGAAGAAGAAGCCACCUCCGCCUUCCAAUCCCUCCUCAACGCCUACCAGGUACUCUCUGACCCCCGUGAGCGCGCUUUCUACGACUCUCACCGCUCGCAGAUCCUCUUCUCCGAUCCCAAUUCCUCUUCUUCCUCCUCCUCGCCUUUCGGUGGGCCCCACAUCGACGUUCCCCACCUCUUCCCCUUCUUCUCCAAUUCCGCAUACUCGUCCUUCUCGGACACUGGCAAGGGCUUCUACAAGGUCUAUGCCGACAUAUUUGACAGAAUCUACGCCCAGGAGCUUUCCUUUGCUAAGGAGCUGGAAUUGGGGCCCGAUGCAGUGGGCCAGGCGCCGUCCAUGGGCAACCUAGACAGUCCUUAUGCACAGGUAUCUGCGUUUUAUGGCUUCUGGCUGGGGUUCUCAACGGUGAUGGAUUUCUCGUGGGUCGACCCAUACCGGUCGUCAGCGGGGCCCACACGGAAGGCCAGGCGUGUCAUGGAGGAUGAGAAUAGGAAGGCAAGGAAGAAGGCAAGGAAGGAGUUCAACGAGAUGGUCCGCAGCCUGGCAGAGUUUGUGAAGAAGAGGGAUAAGAGGGUGAUUGAGAUGCAGAUGAAGCGUAAUUUAGAGGAGGAGAAGAAGCGGGCGGAAGAGAAGGAGAGGAAGAAGGAAGAGGCGAGGAAGAAGAUGGAGAAGGCGAGGCUGUACGAAGAGCCCGAAUGGGCGAGGGUUGCAGAAGAAGAAGAUGAGGAGGAGAUUGCAGAUGAUGUGUUUGAUGAUGGGAAGAAGAAGGGGGAAAAGGAGUUGUAUUGCGUUGUAUGUAGUAAGAAGUUCAAGUCAGAGAAGCAGUGGAAGAAUCACGAGCAGUCAAAGAAGCACCGAGAGAAGGUUGCAGAGCUGAGGGAUUCAUAUAAAGCAGAAGAAGUAGAUGAGGAUGGGGAAGAAGAGGAAGAGGAAGAGGUUUUGGGCAAUGGUCAGGAUGCAGGCCAUGUGGGUUUUGGUAGUGAUGUGCAGGCAGAUGACAAUGUGUAUGAUUUGUGUGCAAAAUUUAAAGUUGGGGUAGAUUUUCGGAAAGAAAGAAGUAGGUUUAGGAGUUCUACUAGAGACCAGAAAGGUCAAGAAGAGGGCAAUGAUUCUUUUGGGAGUGAUGAGGAAGAGAGUAUUCUUGAGGCGAUGGUUUCGGGGCAUAGGAAUAGAAAGAAUACAAAUGCAAGCCAACCCAAGCCAUCACCGAUGUCUCGUAGUAAUGUUUAUGGCGAUGACAAAGAUGAGUUGGGGUCCAUGGAAUAUGAUACACGGAAAAUCAAUCGCCGGAAUCGAGUUUCAAAGAAAGCAGGCGGAACCAAAUCCAGUGCAGAAGAUCCUAGAGUUGAGGUAGAUGUGCCUGAGAAGCAAGUGAAGUCCAGUUCAAUUGAUAGUGAAGUUCUGGUUGAUGAAUAUAAUGCGGAUGAUGUUUCCCCUUUGCCGGAGUCUUCUUCCCAUUCAAUUGAGGAGAUUGGGGUUGAGGAGAUUGGGGCGAAUAGCGUGGGUGAUCAGACAUUGAAAAAGAAUCGAAAGGUUAACAAUCAAUCUGUUGAUAGGAAACUCGAGGGCCAGAGGGAAGCAAACAUUAAGUCACGGAACACGUCAAAAGGAAAGAAACAGAAGGCAACAUCAAAGACAUCUAGCCAUUCAUGUGAGAUGUGUGGGGAGGACUUUGAAUCAAGGAAUAAAUUGCACAUCCAUUUGGGGGCCACGGGCCAUGCUGUGUUGAAAUCACGAUGAAGAUUAAAGAAUCAUCAGUUGAAAUUUAUAGAGGUCGAAAAAAAAAUCAUCAGGGCAGAGGUUGGUAAUUACACUUACACAUAUUGCUAUUGGAUGGUUGUUAUGAGGCAAACAUGUCAUUUUGGAAUUUCAGAUCUGGCAUUUCAGAGAACACAAGAACCAGAUACUGCAUACAUGGUUUCAACUUUGUUGAGGUUCUUGCAUCAGUGCCAUUCAUGUUACAAUGAGGUUGGUCGGCUGUUUUUUUUUCCCCCUGAUAUUUUAAAUCUACAAAUGAGGGAGGUCAGUGUACUAUUUUUUGAGAAGAGGAAAAGGAAAGGAAGAAUUCAUGGGUAUUGAAUUUGCAAUGCGAGGUGGAUGUCUUGAAUCAUGACAUUUCCUGGUGGACCAUUUUUUUGUCUCUUUCCAGUUGAUUGCUUUGAACCACACUGGCUGGAAAACCCACAAAUUUUUAUGGUGGGAUAUGUAUUCUGAAUAUUAAAGCUUUCCUGCUCCCAUUCUGCAAUAAUAUUUAUUGUUUUUUUUC